UAACGGCCGGGAUAGCAGAAGAAGCCAAGAUAAGAAUUAAACCAGCACCGUUGUGACUGAAGAAGACUACACUCGGCUCCUCCUCUUCCUGAGACUAUAAUAUAUAUGGUGUUAUCUACAAGCCGCUCUUUUGAAACCACCCAUUCUUAAACACACGAAGCUUUCUUCUUCUUCCUCCGCUCUCAAAUUUUCGAAUUCAAAAGAACCCAAAAAAAAAAAAGAAAAACUAAAGAUGCCGACGCUGAACCUGUUCACGAAUGUCCCAGUGGAUGCAGUGAUAGCCUCUGACAUUCUCAAGGACGCCACCAAAGCCGUCGCCAAAAUCAUCGGCAAACCCGAGUCCUAUGUGAUGAUUUUGCUCAAUGGGAGCGUGCCGAUUGCGUUUGCCGGCACGGAAGAGCCCGCUGCGUAUGGGGAGUUGAUCUCCAUUGGGGGUAUUGGACCCAGUGUUAAUGGGAAGCUGAGUUCAACUAUUGCGGAGAUUCUGGAGACCAAGCUUUCCAUAGAUAGCUCCCGCUUCUACAUCAAAUUUUAUGACGUUCAGCGGCCAUUCUUCGGCUUUAACGGCUCAACAUUCUGAUCACGACGGUCUUGGGGGACUAUUCAUUACAUUUUGAAGACUGAUUGGCCAAUGGCUUAUUCUUACCCUCAGCAUUUCUCUCUAGAUAGAACUCUUAUGUCUACUCUUGGAUGUGGUUAUUUGACAGUUAUUUUUAUCAGAAAGAGUUCAUCUGAGCUUUAUUAUUUACUAGUUGCCGUGGUGACAUUUGGUGAAGAGGAAAAGCGUUGACACGAGGUUUGGGAUGCCUCGAGUCAACACUUUUGCUUGUAAAUAUCUUAUGGAAUGAGAAAUGUGCUCAAGAAUUCAUGGUCAUAA